GACGGGAGCAAAUGGAUGGUUAGCGAGGACUGGGAAGAUAACACAGGUUUGAUCAAUGACUUACUUCAAAUAUCUACUAACAUCAAAGAUUCAACAGCAUUGCAACUCCUAGAACGAUUCACAGACGAACCAGUAUUUCGGGAAGUUGUCAAAGCAAUGCUGCAGAUUGACAGGGGAACCACAGUCCACAACCAGAAAUGGAACACAAGACAUAGGGCAUCCCAGUACCUAAUCAAAAAUGGCAAACUCUGGAAAUUGCAGGGCGGAACUGCAGUUAGAGCUCAUAGCAAAGUCGAAUGUAUCAACAGAGAGGAAGCUCAGGCACAAGCAGUAAAACAGCACAGCACAGGCAGUCACUGGGGAUGGGACAUGAUUAAGAUAGCACUAACCGAUCAGAUUUACAGCCCGAAAUUAGACACAUCCAUCAUGGCAGCAAUA